AUGGAGAAGAGCGUCCUGCAGAAAACAGCGUCGUUUUUGAGUAUUGCCUCUUUUUUUGUUGUUGUUGUUGUUGGAUGGGGGAGAGAGGGGAGGGGGCUUGUGGGUAUGUUGCGGUGUUGGUACGUGUGCGUGGUGACGGAGUGUCGGCCGUUUUUUUUUUUCGGCAGUUUCAUUCUUUUUAAAAUUAUUUAUGAAAUGAAAUUAUUAUUUAUUUUUUCUUUCAAUUCUUGUCUGCGCGUGACUGGCAGCGUUUAUAGGAAAGUGCUGACAAACGCAUUCAUGGCCUCCAUCUCAAAUCAAUCCAAGGAGAUGCGUGAGAGACACCGCCGCAUGUUGUGCGAACUGCUGCGGCUGGAGGAGAACCAGGAAUGCAUGGACUGCCAGGCGCGGAACCCGAUGUGGGCCAGCACAAACUUGGGCAUUUUUAUCUGCCUGCGUUGUAGCGGACUGCAUCGACAGCUCGGUGUUCACGUGAGCAAAGUGAAGAGCUGCACCAUGGACUUGUGGGAGCCGGAGCAGGUUGCCUUCAUGCGUGCAAUGGGCAAUGGCAAGGCCAAGAUGAUCUGGGAGGCAACUCUUCCCGCAGACUACGUAAAACCGUCCGAGAAGGAAGAUUCCGGGCUGCUGCUCAAGUGGAUCCAGAUAAAAUACGAAAAAAAGAGGUUUUACAAGCCCUUGGACGAUCCAGCAGAGAAAAAAUUGGCGGCCACAUCGGAAAUGACCUCAACAGGGGCAAUAGACCUGGGUGGGAUGCAAAUAAGAACACGACGAUUGAAAAAGGAAGAAGUUCUGAAGAGACAGAGUCAAGAGUGCUUGGGAGAUUCUCAAAAAGAGCAAGGCGAACGGCAAAGCAGUAGCCAAAUGUCACCGGAAUUGGAACAAUUAUUAAUGACUUUUAACGCCAACACUGAAUUAGGGGCUUCAAAUCGUGAUAUUGUUUCCGACAUUUUUGGAAAUUCGCCUUCUGCGGUACAAGAACAUCAGAGAGGCGGCGGCUUUGAUGUUAUGCUGGGGACAUCAAACACCAUAGAGAGGGAUUUGUUUGAGACGCCUAGCUGUUUUACCACGCAUAAUACCGCGGUCAACACCGUUAGUGCAGGUACUUCUGGUAUGCCAUCUGACUCUGAGAGAUGCGCCAAGGCAAGUUAUGAUAUUCUGGAUGAUUUUUUUUCUUCUACGGGUGUGUCUGCGCAACGGCAAGAGGAGGCUGUGGAGGAACCCCGGGACGGAAGUCGGUUGUUUUCUUCUCCCCCACGAGCGAAUGGGUGUACUGUCGGAACUCGAUUUGAUCCGUUUGAACGAGUAUUUUCUACACCACCGCCACCGCCAUCCGAAAAGUAUUCGAACGAACAGCAGCAUCUGCUGUUCCCGGAAGGAGGGACGGUGAAUGGGGAACAACCCACUCUUUUAUGA